AUGCCGCCCAAGCGAAAGUUCAAAGCGACAACAAAGGCCGCAGAGGCUGGGGCGGGCAUUACACCUACACCAACAGCGAAAUCGGCUGGUGCAAUACGGACUAGCGCCACUAAGCGAAUCUCCUCUAGCGUUCAGGGACUGAGGACUUCGCGUCUUCAACCUACUGAACCUCUCCAUAUGACUACCCGUGGUGCUGCGAAAGCUGCAUCUAAUCACACAAGCCCUGCUGCUCCAUCUUCCAUCGCUGGAAGCAGUCGCAGGAGCUCAUUGAAUGAUAUCGAUCAAUUCCAAGAUCAUUCAGAUGUUGAAGAUGCCAGACCACCUAAGCGCAGCCGAGUCUCGACACUUUCUGGUUCGCCGCCAAUCUCCAUGGACUCCUCAGUUUCACAGCUUCCUGCUGUAGACAUGCAAACUCCCGUCCAGGAGAUUUCUGAAGCGCAAGCCAUGGCUGCUAUUCCUAAUCCACCAAAGUCUUCGUCGAAAAAGCGACGCGCUUCUGCUGAUUCUAGUCAGUCGAGCAAAACAAUGAGCGGUCGACCAAAUGGGGUGGCCGCCCGCAGCGAAAGCGACGUUUCCGACAAGCAACAGCGUCGCAAAAAGCGAAAGACGGACGACACGCCUCCAGAUGCUGCCGACGCUCCUCCAGAAUUAACUGAUGCUUCCACUCCUCCCGGGUCACCUGAGGCCAUUCCAGAGGUUUCGAGCAGCCAAGGCCUCCAAAAUGUUAUCCUUCCCGCCAAUGGCGAGCCACCCGCAAAAGCCGCGAAGCGUCUCCCUGGUCGGAGGCGCCAACCGCAUCCGGACAUCAACGUUGAAGUUGAUCUCCGUCGCCAACUCAACAUCAAGGUUAACUAUCGCUCUGUUGCUAAAAUCCAGAAACAAAUAUUGGAAGAAAUUUCCAAGCGUACUCUCAAAGAACUUGAGCAAGACCCGGAACGCCACAAGCGAAGCCCAGCUUAUGAGCCGGUAAUGGCACAGCUCCGAGAAAAACUUGAUAGUCGCAAGCACCAGAUCGAAUCUCUGCGACAAUAUAAACUUGAACAGCUCGAGCGUGUGAUGACUGCUGAAAAGCAUAUCCAAGAAGAGCAAUAUCUAAAUCGCUUCGAGGAAAUGCGCGAGAACUUACUGUUGCAAUGCUACUAUCAGAUGAAACAGCUGCAACGUUCUGCCAGGAAAGAGUCUGGGGAUGGCACUGACGAUGAGGAGCAUAUCAUCAACCCAACGCGUGUUGAAUUCCCGCUUUGCAAUGAUGAUGACCGUUUAGGUUCCAAAUAUGCUUCUCGCAGCCGGGCUUAUGUCGAGACUGAGCGCAUGCUUGAAUCCGAAGAUCUACGUAAGAAUCUGGAUCGGCAACGAAAAGCAUUUUUGGCUGCUGGCGAAGGCUUCGAUGACUCAAUUGAGGCUAUUCCAAAUGGCUUUGCCAAAUUCAUUGGACCGGAUAGAGCCGAUGCAAUUGCACAUUUCAACGUUGCCAGCCUCGCAAAUGCGGCUGCCGAGCUUGAGAAGACUCCACCUCCACCGGAGCCGCCAAAGGUUAUACGAAAUGAGGAAGCAGACGCGCUCUUUAUGCUCGCAUCUCUCUCGACGGAACGAGACCACCUGACCAUCAUCAAGACGGAACAAGAUGACAAAGCAGGGGACCCCUUAACGGCACCCAGCAAAACAUCUACACCUGCGCAGCCAAAUGGCACCCAGGGACCACAUUCGCCUCCAGCAUACCCGCCUACUCCUCCUAUGGCAUCGACACCCAAGAAGCCCACAAUCAGUCCAGCACCUGUACCAACCUCGAACAAGAAGGCCACACAUAGCACCCCUCUAUAUCCAGAGACCAACGGUGCUGUCCCUGAGAAACCUUCCGAGCCUGUCAGCAAGCCAGCACCCGUCAGGAGUACACACAGAAUAAUGGACAUGCUUAACAAUGACGAUGUCCCCGUCCAUAAAUCGAAAGAGGCACAACAUAGUGGGCAAGAGCUGAAUAAUUUGUCAACAGUUCGUAGUACCAGUAUCGGUCAAGAAGGCAAGGCGACGGACUUAAACCCAAGGGAUUCCAUCUCCCAGCAUAGCGGAACAUCUCCGAUCCCACCAUUCAGAGGAUUGACGGACACUGUUCAUACUUCGAUCAUGUCACCUCCACAAAAUCCCCGCGAACCGAUGCACAUUGGCAACAUGAUGCAUGCUUCGUCAGCUGAUCGAGCUCCCACGCCAACCCAUCAUCGUGACAGUGCCCCUCCAAUGCGUAUUGGAAACAUGCUGGACUCUAGGGAUUCACACGAAGAGCGCACUCGGUAUCCUCGUUUCUCGGAGAGCACACCAAGGGACCGUUCCGAUGGACUUGAACCUCGCCAUGAGAAUGACCAGCACGCGCAAGGACAGUCUCUUACUCUUGCACGAGCAUUCAGUCCUCAUACCACCGUCGAAUCUGUCGCAGGUAAUCGGAGGAUGUCAAGCGGGACAUACAGCGCGUCGCCCGCAACUGCCCCAGUAGCGUUGGCGCAAUCACCCCGGGAACAUCAAACUCCAUAUCCUCACGUCCCGCGACACAGCCCUUACGACCAGCCAGCUCGUCCUUCCUGGGACGAUGGUAGCAGGCGCUUGAGCGGAUCCCAGGGCCCACCGCCAUCAUAUGCAGGCAGCCCACCGCAGACUUAUCCCUCUCUGGAUUAUAAACAAACAGGCCCAACACCUCCUGGGCAUCUAAGUCCAUAUCCACCUCCACCAAAUACCAAUAACCAGUCCCAAGGUCCUGCCAAAUCCGCUGCAGCUCCUGCCCCAGUCAAUUUUCGGUUCGCCCAUUACGAUCCUAUUCCUCCACCUCCACCUCCUGCAGCGGCUCCCUCUGCACCCAGCCGUUUGUAUCCUCAUGCACCAUACUCACCCCGACCUCAUGCGCCUCCAUUAGCCGGCCCGUCCACGCCGUCUCACUACCCAGCACCGUUCGGUGCCACACCUCAUAGCACGGCCUCUCAUAAUACUACACCCCAAAGCACAGCGCCUCCAGGCUCGACGUCCCACGCUGCUGCGUCGCCAUUCCCUGGUUAUGUUCCUCCAGCUGGCAGCUUUCAGGCACCACCACCGCCUCCCCCUCCCCCUCCUGCGAAUUCGAAUCAGUACCCUCCCCUGAAGAUUCACCAAUACGGUGGCCAGCCUAUUCUACCUGCCAGCAUGGCUCCUCCGUAUAGCCAGCCAAGUCCUCAGGGAUCUCCUCCAGCAUACGGCCCUGCUCCUCAAAAUAAUGUCUCCGGCUACGUGCAUCAUUCGCAAAGCCCAUAUGAGGCUGCACCUCCUCCACCACAGGAGCGGGCUGAGCCUCAGCCACGCCCUCGACGUGCCUACAGGUCGUGGCAUGCUCCUGGAACCGAGUUUCGACCUUGGGAACCCAACAAGCCCAAGCGAGGCAGCAACAACAGCAACAAUAAUAAUAGCAACAGCAACCAUACCAGCGCUGACAGUGGCGAUCGCCAAGGUAGCAGCGGCAACUAA